AUGUUAGAAACAGAUAAUACAACUUCUUUAAUUGCUGUUCUCAAAGACUCUUCGAAAACUAUUGAACAAGAUGGACGCAUUAUACGCUUUGGUAACGGUGCUAACCUCAACACAGUCCGUGGACUUGUCGCCGAUAAACUCAACAUCGUCGCGGCUCCUCAAGAUAUUUGUUUCUUCACUCGAGAAGGAAAACUCUUGGAAAGCAUCGAUGACUUAAGGUCACAGCAAGUGGUCUACGUAGAUUUAGAAGAACAAAUCAAGGAUGUUAUUCCUGGCCCUCCACGUCUUCCGUUAAACCACCCUCUCCGUAUUUGCCUUGGUGCAAGCACAUGGGGGAACAGGAUUGCUUAUUCAUCGCCAUUUGCUUUUCAUAGGACACUCGGGUUCAUGCGACAAUUUGAAAAGUAUGGACCCCUUAUUAAGGUGGCUCUCUUGCGUAGAGAAAUGAUUGUUACAAACGAUCCCAAGUAUGCAGAACUCCUUGUUAAGGAAUCAGACUAUUUCACAAAAAAGAUCGGUGACUCUGGUUUAAGGGAAAUCAAGGAAUUUGCUGGUCAGGGCUUAUUCACCACCGAUACCGAUGAAAUGGAUUGGAAGCUUGCUCAUAAAUUGUUGAUGCCUGCAUUCAGUCCGCGGGCCAUUAAGACAUACCAAAAGGAAAUGGGCCUCAUUACGCAACAAACUAUCAAAGUGCUCGAAACCUUUGCACCUACAGAACCUGUCGAAAUUCUUGAAUGGACGACCAACCUUACCUUUGAAACCAUCGGUAGGAUAGGGUUUGGAUAUGAAUUCAAUCUAUUGAACGGACGAGAUCAAGAACCCAAUGAAUUCAUCGAAGCCAUGGGCUAUUGUUUAAGACAAUCACUUCAGCGCACUACACAAGCACAGUUCGUCAAGUAUUUGCCCAUCGAAGCCAACCGCAAAUACGAUAGAUCCGUCAAGCUAAUGCAUGAUAUCGUCGAUAAAGUAGUUGCUGAACGUAAAAGCAGUCCCGAUGCAAACAAUAAAGACAAAGAUUUGCUGGGUUUCAUGCUGACCGCUCGGGAUGAACAUGACCUGGGAUUAUCAGACGAGAAUAUUCGUGAUCAAGUCGUGACAUUCUUGAUUGCUGGCCACGACACAACGGCCAACACGCUUGCUUGGGCUCUUUAUGAGCUGUCUCGUCACCCCGAUGUAAAGGCCAAGUUGCUGCAAGAAAUCGCUGAUUGCCAUAUUACUGCAGAUACUUUACCCACCCCUGAACAAAUCUCCUCUUUGAAGUAUAUGCAUCAACUGUUUAAAGAAACCCUUCGCAAAUACCCUCCCGUCCGUACCCUUUCCAAGUACUGCAAAAAAGACGUGAUCGUUCCCGGUGGGUAUCGAAUCAAGACGGGUGCCAAUUGCUUAGUGAACGUUUACUGUUUACAUCACAAUGAGUCGGUUUAUCCCGACCAUAAUCGCUUCGAUCCUGAUCGCUGGACCCCCGAAGAGGAACAAAAACGCUCUCGUUACGCUUGGCUGCCUUUCAGUACAGGCCCUCGUGGCUGCAUUGGAAUGGCAUUUGCUCUUCAAGAAGCAAAGACUGUCUUGGCCAUGUUGCUGCAUCGUUUUGACUUUGUCUAUGAGGGCCCUGAUGUCAACUAUGACCCCAAGUCUCCCACAACAAAACCAUUGGGUCUGCGCAUGACCCUUCAUCCGCGUAAAGAUUUCCCAGACCCGAGAACGCCUUCUCCUCCGGGUCAGUCGCGCUCCACUGCCAAUUCCGAUUCGCAUGCCCCUCAAACAUCCACCGCGCCUGCGCCUCAACUCCCCACCGUUCGAUCGAACGCCGAUCCUCCUUCUGCUCAUCUUCCUCCUGUUACCGUUUUAUUCGGUACUCAAACGGGUACUGCCCAAGAUUAUGCAAACCAAAUAGCAUCUCAAGCCAAGAGUUUUGGCUUUACAUCGGUUCACUUUUCUGCUAUGGACCAAUGGAAGGUGCUCACGGACGGUAAAUUCUGCCCUGAAGAUACAGCAAGCAAGCGUCCAGACAAAGAAUUACUUGUUAUCUGUACUGCAACGUAUAACGGUCAGCCGCCUGAUUCCGCUGAAAAGUUCAAUAAAUUCUUGGAUGAGAAAAUGAAAGAACCUGGCCAUGAGCAUCUCUUGAAGGGUCUUUCCUUUGCUGUCUUUGGCCUCGGUAACAAAAAUUGGCGUACCUACCAGCAAUUCCCUCGUAAAGUGUCCAACGGACUCGAAGAGCUCGGUGCAGAGCAAUUUUUCCUCAACGGCGAGGGGGACGCUGAUAAAGACAUGGACGCUGCUUUCAACGAAUGGUGUGCUCAUUUCUGGAUGGAAACCUUGAAUAAUUACGGUAUUGCCGCUGCCUCGGAAAGCAAGCCCGUCGUCCCUACGGCUGUUUCCAGCUCAACACCUCAACCAUCCUCUGUUAAAGUCAGGUUUAUCCAGCCAAACGACAAAGAUGCCUGGGAACAGGCGGUUAACAAUCGCUACGGCGAAUCCAACGCCGUCCUUCGUGUCAAUCGUGAAAUCCAAAAAGAAGGUUCUCCGCGUAGUACGCGCCAUCUAGAAAUCGAUAUCUCGAACGUUGCUCCGGCAGACGAAACCAAGCCUGGCCAACUCUACAGUCCUGGCGAUCAUUUAGAAGUAAUGCCUGAAAAUGACAGCAGGUUGGUGGAGGCGAUCGCUUUACGUUUUGGUUGGAUUUUGGAUGCUGUUUUCGAGAUAGAUCCAGAAUCUCUCCACGACGUUUCUCCUCGCUCACUAGCUGCUAAUAUCAAGGGCCCUUGUACUGUUCGUAACAUGCUCACCUUUUAUGCUGAUCUCUUGUCGCCUCCUUCUCGAGCCGUUUUGGGUUGCUUUGCCAAUCAACUGAAAUCUGUCGCUCCUGAUACAGCCGCCAUUUUUGAAAAGUUGGUAAUGCCUGACACUGAAAAUAAAGACCCAUAUCCUGAAUUCAUCAAGAAGCACCGUACCUUGUUAGACCUACAAGAAGCUUUCCCUCAAGUGAACAAGUUGGAUCCAGGUCAAUUCUUGGCUUCUGUUCCUGUCAUUCAACCUCGACGUUACUCUAUUGCCUCUUCUCCUCUUCUCUUUCCUCAUAGCGUUCAUUUGACUGUCGGUGUGGUGGACGACGUCAUCGAAGGUAAACAUUAUGAUGGUCUGGCCUCCUCUUAUUUAAAGCGAAGCGCUGAAGGAACUCUCAUGCGUGCUCACUUGAAAUCUUCCAAGAAGACCUUCAGUAUGCCUUCAGAUCCCAGCGUGCCCAUCAUUAUGAUUGCAGCCGGUACUGGCUUGGCUCCUUUCCGUGGCUUCCUCCAAGAUCGCAAAGCUCAAAAAUGUGCCGGCGAGGAAAAUGUAGGUAACUGUGUCUUAUUCUUUGGUUGUCGUCGCAGCGAUCAAGACUAUAUCUACAACGAAGAAUUAGAAGAUUUUGUCAAGACAGGCGUUAUUAGUCAUCUCCACGUGGCUUUCUCUAGGAGUACGGAUCGUUCUCCCAAAAAAUACGUGCAACAUCAGAUUUUAUCCAACGCGACUGAAGUGUGGAGCUUGAUUUAUCCCUCUGAUCCGAAUGCCAAGCCUGCAACUGUUUAUGUUUGUGGUAGUGGUGCUAUGAGUCGUGAUGUCCGUCGUACAUUCAGAAGUAUGGCACUUGCGUUCGGUGCUGCCCGUGAUGAAGAGGAAGCUGAUAAGCUUAUUGACAAGCUUGGGGAUGAAGGCCGUUAUUUGUGUGAUGUGUGGGGCUAA